CCUGCGAGAGCAAUUCCCUAAAGCAGACUGAGACCUGGAUUUCCCUCCCCUCCCCGUUUCCAUGCCUCCUCCCUCACACCAGGCAUGGGCAGCCGCCUGGGGCAGAGCAAGUGUUCAGAGUGCUGCGAUUUAGUGCAAGCUUCCACCAACAUUUCUGCGUUUCCAUCCGAGGGAAACGGCGCGGAGCCGAUCUGGAGCCGCUGGCCAAAACCAAACGGCCUCAGCAACGCUGCGACAGCGCCCGGGUCGCGCCGGCUGCGGUGGGAAUCGGGGAUGCGGGGGUGGGUCGGACGGACAGACUGCAGCGAGGCUCACCAGCGCUGUCCCCCGCUCCCGCUGCGUCCCGCUCGUGUCUCUCCUGUCCACAUGCCUUACGCCGUGCUCAACUGGACGCUUGGGGUUUGUGCUGAGCAUCGGGCCGCGCUCGCCGAGCGUCGCUGCCGCGCUCGGAGAACCGCGCGCGCGUCCCUGAGGAGAAGCCUCCGGGGGGGGGGGGAAAAUUCAGGUGUUGAGUCUCUUGUCCUGUGGUUCUGCAGCACUUCCGGCCGCACCGUGGAGCGUGCUCGAAGUGUGCCCUCUGUGAAAGGUACAGCUGCCUCCUGCAGGCAGCAUUCCCGGGGGAGCGGCGCGGGAGAACUCCCCGAUGCGCUGGCACACUUCACUUGGGGGUUUGUUGUUUUAUUGCUGUAAGUUUCAUGCUGUCUUGAUUUGCCAACAGUGUUGUCUAGUUGGGAAAUAAAAUGGGAAGGGUUGGGGUUGGGGUUGGGGGGGUGGGUUGGGACAGGUACAAGUUUUGGGAGGGGCAUUAAUUAAUCCCUGGCUUGGGACAAGAAGUGGUUGCUGAGUUCAGUAACUUCUCCUUUGUCAGAGCAGAGCCAAGAUGUGAAAUUAAAUCUGCAGUACUUUUUUUUUUUUCCUUUUUUUUCCUGCUCUUUAUUUAACAAAAAAUAUUCUAAUAAACACUCACUGUUCUGGAGUUUUCUCUCUUCCUGAGAAGCGCUUACAAUAUGAAAAUCUGAUAGAAAUAUCCAUGGAGCCUGGGACAAGGGGGAAUGGUAUCCUUGCUGGUUUGGCAAGAAGCUGUUCAUUUUAAGAUCCUUUUCUGUUCCUUUCCUUGUUCUCCCUGCUUUCAUCGGUGUGGAGUAGCAAGGCCAAAAGCAGUGCCAGUGAUCGCUGACAUGGAAAACCACGCGUAAGGAACAGCCCAUUAUUCAAGGAGUAGCUCAAACCCAAGCGUCUGGAAUUGAGCCCAAAUUACACCAGUUCAGCUCACUUCAACUUAGAGACGAAUGUACAAUCCUUUCUCACUAUGUGCUGGUCAGCCUGAACCAAACUCUCAAAAGGGCUUGAAUAUUCUAUCUGGAAGUGUCCAAGAAAUUCCCAGAGUCGCUGUCCCCGUGCCCUGCGAGGCACCUGACACAGCCAUCUACUGCCUUCAACGAGUCUUGGUCUCUACUGUACAGAUUAGUAUGUUGGAAAUGCUUUGCAACAAAACAGCUGGUACUCCUGAAAGAGUAACUGCAGUUUUAAUAUCAGCAGCAUGCACACUUUUGUUUUUAAACUAAAAAUGUUUUUACAGGGCUGUUAAACUGACAAUUUAGGGUAGAAUAUUGUUAAUGACUUGCUAAUGGCUUAUUUGUUUGGGUCAGAAAAAAUAAAUUGUGCCAAGAAA